GAGGGAGAGGGAGAGGGAGAUGGCUGAAGAAUCCUCCAAGAAGCCCAUGAGUUUGAAUCAACUUCAUAAUCGCUUCCUCAGCGCUUCUCAUUCCAAAUCAAAUGCUUACGGUUUCCUAUCUGAAAUGAAGAAUCGGGAGCGGGAGGAGGAGGAAGACGAUGGCCCUUCUUUUAAUAUCACCGAUUUCGAUUCUCCUUCUGAAAUAAAAACCCUACCAAAGAUGGGGGAUGAAGACAAAGCUUCCUCUGCGGAACGAGUUGAUGAUGGUGAAAAUGGUGCCUCCCAUGAUGAAUCCGAUAUUAUCGAUUUUGGUUCAUCUUCUUCUGGAACAGGGAAAUCCCUAUCAACCGUUAUGAAUGAAGACAAACUCCCAACCGCUGAGCAAUGUGAAAUUAGUGCCUCUCUUGGUGAACCUGCGAGUUCCAUUGUGGAUGACUUAGCUUCCCGAAAUGCAGGGGGAAAGCAUCAGAAAGUUAAAAUUCAUGGACGACGGAGGCUCUGCAAAGUUGUGGCAAGAGAUGAUGAAGAGGAAGAUGACAAAUUUCAUGAUGUUGAAUCAGAUUUCUCAGCAAUGGUUUCUGAAUUUGACUCACCCAGUCCUGUGAAGAAUACUGGGGGCAAUCUUGAUAGUGGUGAUGAAAUCAGAGAUAUUCUAAGCAAUUUAAGUUCAAGGCUUCAGUGUCUAUCAAUUGAAAAGAGAGGACGCCCCGUCAAACAACUUCCAAGUUCUUCUAAUUCCGUUAUUAAAGAAAAGUUGGAUCAACAGAAACCUGUUGAAACUUCUGAAUUUUUAGAUGUUGAAAAUACAUCAUUUUCUGUCUCAUCUAACCGGUCUGAUUCAUCGGCAAAGGCAAUUCCCKCUUCUAUGGUUGGGCAUAGUGCUGGUAUGAUGCCAAACGGUCUUAUMAAAAAUAAUGUCUGCCCACCAAGCAGAAAAGAGAAUGUUAAUGGUGAAUAUGUAAAGGAUCAAGUAGGAAAGGUUGUAUCUACUGAAAGUUUUGUUUGUCCUCGGAAAAAUGAGGAUGACGACGAAGACGAUUGUGURGUUACAAGUGGCCACAAAUUUYUUCAAAAAGGGGAGAGUAGGCAUGGAAAGUUAUCUCCGAAAUCUGAUGGUUCUAACAAGRUUCACAUGUUGAAUGAUGAAACARACGAUUCUACUUCAGGAAAAGAAAUACCAUUUUCUCUUAGUAACCCAAAAUUCAGUUUUAYAUUACCUAGUAAGAUUGCAAACAUGYUAUACCCUCAUCAGCGUGAAGGUUUGAAGUGGCUUUGGUCCCUUCAUUGUAGAGGGAAGGGUGGUAUUUUGGGGGAUGACAUGGGCSUAGGGAAGACCAUGCAGAUUUGUGGCUUUUUGGCUGGGCUAUUCCACUCAAAUUUGAUAAAGAGGGUAUUGGUUGUUGCUCCCAAGACGCUAUUACCUCAUUGGAUGAAAGAACUAGGCGUGGUUGGUCUUUCGCAAAAGACAAGAGAAUACUUCGGAACUUGUGCAAAAGCUCGACAAUAUGAGCUCCAGUAUAUACUCCAGGAUAAGGGUGUUCUUCUUACAACUUAUGAUAUUGUGCGGAAUAAUGUAAAAUCUUUAUCUGGAGACUAUGAAGACCUGGAUGAGGAUGAUGUGACCUGGGAUUACAUGAUCCUUGAUGAGGGGCAUCUCAUAAAGAAUCCUAGUACACAAAGGGCUAAAAGUUUGUUGGCGAUACCUUGUGCUCAUCGUAUAAUCAUUAGUGGCACUCCACUGCAAAAUAAUCUURAGGAACUGUGGGCUUUGUUCAACUUCUGUUGUCCAGAGCUUUUGGGUGACAAGAAAUGUUUUAAGGACAAAUACGAGUCAGCAAUCCUUCGUGGAAAUGACAAAAAUGCAUCUGAUAGAGAUAAGCGCAUUGGUUCAGCUGUUGCACAKGAUUUAAGAACAUGCAUUCAGCCCUAUUUUCUUCGACGCCUAAAAAGUGAGGUGUUUCGUGAUGACGAUGCUACAAAUACUGCCAAGCUUUCUAAAAAGAAUGAGAUCAUUGUGUGGUUAAGAUUGUCUGCUUGCCAGCGYCAACUAUACGAAGCCUUUUUGAAUAGUGAGAUUGUUCUUUCAGCCUUUGAUGGUUCACCUUUGGCUGCUCUCACGAUAUUGAAAAAGAUAUGUGAUCAUCCACUUCUGUUAACAAAGAGAGCCGCUGAAGAUGUAUUAGAAGGAAURGAAUCAGUGCUAAAUCAGGAGGAUCAUGGGGUUGCUGAAAGAUUGGCAAUGCACAUAGCAGAUGUGGCWGAUAGAUAUGACAUUGGAGAAAAUCAUGACAUUCUCUCAUGCAAGAUCUCCUUUAUUGUAUCAUUGCUGGAUGAUCUGAUUCCAAAGGGUCAUAAUGUUCUUAUCUUUUCCCAGACCCGCAAAAUGCUUAAUCUUAUUCAGGAUACUCUUACUGCCAGAGGCUACAAGUUAUUGCGGAUAGAUGGUACUACCAAAGCUACCGACAGAUUAAAGAUAGUCAACGAUUUUCAAGAGGGUGUUGGAGCUCCARUAUUUCUUUUGACUUCUCAAGUUGGUGGUCUGGGACUUACCCUUACGAAGGCAGAUCGUGUCAUUGUGGUUGAUCCAGCUUGGAACCCGAGCACUGAUAAUCAAAGCGUUGAUCGUGCAUAUCGUAUUGGACAGAAGAAGGAUGUUAUUGUGUACCGUUUAAUGACUUGUGGUACUGUGGAAGAAAAGAUAUAUAGAAAGCAGAUAUACAAAGGGGGCUUAUUCAGAAGUGCUACAGAACACAAAGAGCAAAUUCGCUAUUUUAGUCAACAGGAUCUUAGGGAGCUUUUCAGUAUCCCCAAACAGGGUUUUGAUGUUUCUCCAACUCAACAACAGUUGCUUGAAGAGCAUGAUUGUGAACACAAAAUGGAUCCAUCUCUUAAAGUGCACACAAAGUUUUUGGAAUCUCUUGGUAUAGCUGGUAUUAGUCACCACAGUUUGCUCUUCUCCAAGACGGCUCCAGUGCCAGUUGUACAAGAUGAUGAACUAACGAGGAUUAGGCAAUCAACAUUCGUGGGUAAUUCGUCUUCACGCUCCUCACAUGAACAAAAUGUGGAUGCCAGUGCUCAAUAUGCUUUCAACCCAAAGGAUGUUGUUGUGCAAAGGAAGAAUCUUUCUCCAAGUAUUUCCCGCAAACUAACAGAAUCGGAAAUUAAAGAACAAAUCAAACGGCUGUCUUAUGUUUUUGCAAACAAGGGGAUGGUUGAUAGGUUACCGGAUAAGGGAGAAAAGAUACAAAAACAAAUGGCAGAGUUGAAUGCAGAGCUCCAAAAGCUUCGUAUGCCGAAAGGAGGUGAAACAGAAACCAUUGAUUUAGAUGAUGUCGUUGAUGAUUUCAACAGGGUGUUGAAUGUUUAAAUGAAAUCUUCGUAAACGUCGUCRUAUGCCGAAAAGAGGUGAAAAGAGAAAAUAUUGAUUUAGAUGCUGAUUUCAACGGAAURUUGGAUGUUUAGAUGAAUUCAUGUGAUAUUUGUCAAAACUCWGCUAUGUGUUCUUUGGUUUUGAAAAUAUUGGCAACCAUUCUAUGUUUUGGUUCAUGUUCCACUGUACAUAAAGCAUUAUCACAUUAUGAAGAUUAUGUUUAUUUGUGUUCUUUUAUGAAGCAAUAUUGGCAACCAUUCUAUGU